AUGAUUAGUGCAUUGUUUUUAAUGAAUGGAAAGGGUGAGGUUUUGAUCUCACGUAUUUAUAGAGAUGAUAUUAGUCGUGGUGUUGCAAAUGCAUUCAGAUUAGAGGUAGUAUCGUCGAAAGAGAACAGAUCACCUGUGAAACUCAUUGGUUCGACAUCGUUCAUGUACAUUAAGGUAGGAGGAAUCUAUGUAGUUGGUGUUUCACGUCAAAAUGUAAAUGCAUGCAUGGUAUUCGAAGUACUCCAUCAAUUGGUAGACAUCUUCAAAUCAUAUUUCGAUAAUUUCGAUGAAGAUUCAAUUAGAAAUAACUUUGUAUUGGUUUAUGAAUUAUUAGAUGAAAUUCUUGAUUUUGGAUAUCCACAAAACUGUUCGACCGAUGUAUUGAAAUUGUAUAUCACACAAGGUCAAGGUAAAUUGAAGUCACUUGAUAAAUUGAAACAAGAGAAACUAUCAAAGAUUACAAUUCAAGCAACUGGUACUACACCAUGGAGAACACCGGAUAUCAAGCACAAGCGAAAUGAAAUUUAUAUAGAUGUUGUAGAGUCGGUCAAUUUGUUGAUGUCGGCAGAGGGUAACAUUCUACGUGCCGAUGUCACCGGUCAGGUCAUGAUGAAGUGCUAUCUCUCUGGUAUGCCAGAGUGCAAGUUUGGUAUGAACGACAAGGUGUUGAUGGAGAAGGAGCGUACCGGUCCAUCCACUGCACCCAAACGAAGAACCAACGGUGUUGAAAUCGACGAUAUUACAUUCCAUCAGUGUGUCAGACUUGGUAAGUUUGACACUGACCGUACCAUCAGUUUUGUUCCACCCGAUGGUGAAUUCGAAUUGAUGAAAUAUCGUACUACUGAGCAUAUAAAUUUACCAUUCAAGGUUAUUCCUAUUGUAAAGGAGAUGGGUAGAACCAGAAUUGAAGCAAGUGUAACUGUAAAAUCUAAUUUUAGUUCAAAGAUGUUUGGUACCAAUGUUAAGGUCAUCAUUCCAACACCCAAGAACACAGCGGUCUGUAAGAUUGUUGUGGCCGCCGGUAAGGCCAAGUACAUUCCCGAGCAGGACGCAAUCAUCUGGAGAAUCAGAAGAUUCCCAGGUGACACUGAGUUCACACUGAGAGCCGAAGUCGAUUUGAUGGCAUCGGUUAAUCUCGAUAAGAAAGCAUGGUCUCGUCCACCAAUCUCUAUGGAGUUCCAAGUGACUAUGUUUACAGCAUCCGGUUUCUUUGUACGUUUCUUAAAGGUUGUCGAAAAGAGCAAUUACACACCAAUCAAAUGGGUUAGAUAUCUAACAAAGGCUGGUACCUAUCAGAAUCGUAUUUAA